AUGGAGAGAAUCUUCGCGGAAACAUGCAGCUGUAAGCGCCAUGUAUUCCAAAAAGAUGCCGGACAAGCACCGCAGCGGGUCGAGUGCUGUGCCUCAUGGCAAACAUCUCCAGGUAAAAGCAAAAGCUCGCCCGAUAUGGCGGCCAGUCUCAACGCGAACCCUAUGUCUUCUGUCAAGCACCCGAAAGGCAAGCCUUUGCCUGCGGUUCCCGUCAUCCGCGUCGCACGGGUUGAUAGCGAUGAGACGGAAGAUCAGACGAAGAGCGAGAAUCCUUGGAGACCGUUGACACUACGACCUCUCUACAUCGCGACAUUGAUCCUUAUUACGGUGUUGUUAAUUGUGGCCAUCCAAUGGCUUCUUUUCGUGAGCGAACGCGAUCAAGGCCUCAUCUUCGCGAAGGACAUCAACGAAUUACCUCUUCGCCGGUCAUUCUUCUAUCUCUAUCUACCAACCAUCAUCUCGGUCAUCUACAGCUUUCUUUGGACCUGGAUCGAUCUGGACAUCAAGCGACUGGAACCCUUCUUCCAGCUCUCGAAAGCCGGCGGCGUCAGUGGACACGGCUCUAUUUUGCUUAGCUAUCCUCUGGAAUUCUUGGUGACGCUACCCUUCACUGCCUUCAAGCACAAACACUGGUCGGUGCUGUCGGCCGCAACAGUUAUGAUACUGGUCUUCUGGGGGCUCACUCCGACACAGUCCGGAAUAUUCGCCGUCCGGACGGUUCACGUGUCGGGCGUGGUCAAGGGCUCGCACUCCACUUCGUACACGCCUAUUGCUCAGCAGGGCAAUCUCACUGCCAUUUACGCUCAAUCUGUCUACAACAUCGCCUGGUUGAACGAAUCACUGCCUCAGUUCAUGACCACGGAUUUCGUGUUGACUCCAUUUGGCCCUACCAAGAACACCACUUCAGAUUUCACGAAUGUUACAUACACCGCACAGACCACUCUGUACAGUCUCGAUGUCUCGUGCGAGCCAGUGGUGCUGACAAACAAGUCUGGCGUGCUCAACUACAACACUACGAGAGGAUGUAGCUUCUACCCACCACCUUUUCGGCCAACAGAUGGCAACGACACUUCCAAAAUAUUCGACACAAUGUAUGUGGGAUACCAGAACGAGAAUGGCGUUGCGGACUAUUAUCUUUCGUACGAUUGUGAUGAGAGGUUCUUCCAUUCGUUCUUUGUUCGAUGGUCCAAAACCAAUGCAGCGCAGAUUGAAUCUGGCAAACUAUCAAGCACGCUCGAUCCGAGCCAAGCCAACUCCACAGCUCUGUUCUGCGAGCCCAAAUACUAUCAGCAGAAAGUAAACGCUACGGUCCGACUGCCGUCAAACGACGUUCUAUCCAUCGACCAGAGCGGGCAGAAGCAAGACUUACCCAACGACAUGUUCAAUACCAGCGCUCUCGAGUGGACCAUGAAUUCUGGAGUGACGAAACUCGAUGAGCGUACAUCGUUCCCGAGGACAGGAUUCCCGGACCAGAAGUCACACCUGGUCGACUUGCCAUUGAACCUCGCAUACAUCCCACGUAUGGCACCCUUUGCCAUCGCAACACACCAGCGACCAAUGGAGGACUAUCUGGACGCAGAGACGCUUAGAAUCUCGUACCAAUCCGCGUACCGUCUCUUGUUCGCCCGCCAGCUCGCAGACAUCCUCCGUCCUGAGCUAGACGCAUCGACCGAAGGAGAUGCACAGCGGUCGUACGUGACGCAGGCAGUAGUGGUGGUCCCAGGUUUCGCCUACGCCGCAACUGCGCUCCUUUCUCUUGUGCUUAUGAUUGCAACUGGUCUCAUGCUACUCAUACCCAAACGGCAAAACAACCUCCGAACGGAUCCAGCAUCGAUCAGCUCGAUAAUGGACUUGGUGGAGGGCAGCGAGUCGACGCUCAAGCCCUUCAAAAAGUUGGAUAGCCAAAGCACAGAAGAGCUGCAUGACUCACUCAAGGAUUUCAAGUUCCACUUCUCCGGCACGAGGCUACAAUUGCUCCAAGAUCAAGGCACUCCUGCCCGCACUGCGAUAGCCUCGAGAAAGACUGCAGUCUUGGGAGAUGAUGAUCUCGAGUCGUCGCUUCGUAGCCAGCCCAGCUUUAAAGGCAUAAGGCCGGCCGAGAUGAAAGUCGCAGUCGGCGGUCUGUUCCUCACACUCCAGCUUGCAACUCUGACGGUUUUUCUCGCGUUAUUUCUCAAGGCUCGUAGUGAACACGGUACGUGCCUCUGCUUAUCGACACGGUUCUUCAGUCUAACAAGUCUAGGUCUUGCACUCCCUUCUGAAUCAACAUUCGUGCGACAACUCGUGCAGAAUUACAUCCCAAUCGCACUGGCAACUUUUAUCGAACCUUUCUGGCUUUUGCUCAAUCGUCUGCUGGGCCUACUGCAACCAUUCGAAGAGCUCCGCAAAGGCGACGCACAUGCUUCCAGAAGUAUUGAGCUUGAUUACAGCUCUUUGCCGCCACAGCUCCUGUUUCUGCGAGCUCUACGCUCCAGACACUGGAUGCUCAUGCUUCUCUGCUUCAUGGUGAUUUCGGCAAACGUCUUGGCUGUCGCCAUGGGCGGUCUCAUGAACGAGGGAACGAAGUCCAUAUCGACCAGUGCAAAUUUCUCGUUGGCAAAGGCACCGCGAAUCCGGUUGCUUAAUGGCACUGGCCUGCCUUUCAAUACGGAUGUGGCGGCCAACUGGCAAGGAGGCACGACAUCGGAUCCGUUCUAUCGCGAGAUGUCCAACUUGACCGCCGGCACUCCACUGCCACCAUGGACAGACCAUCACUACGGCUACGUUCCCGUCGAUGUACCUGGCGGAAAUCCAAACGCAAGCUUCCAGAUCAACACUUGGGCUUUCGGCGCGAAGCUGAAGUGUGAUGCUUUGUCAACAGGCAACGAGAAGUUCUAUAACCUCACUUUCUCCAGCGAUGCCAACAGUGCCUACUUGACGGUCCCUGUCAACAGCGGCAAUGGAACUGUCGUCAACUGCACGAACCUCCAGUCAUCAGCAAGUGGAGUCGGUCUUCGAAACCUUGCUUCAACGCCCGGGCAUUCGGCAAUGGAGAUCAACACAAUGCUUUCGAGCAACAGCUCCAAUUCAGAGGACCUAUAUUGCCGUCAGCAUAUUUUUGCAGGCUGGAUCCGGGCGGACUGGCAGGUCAUCGAGGGAGAAGGGGACGAGCGAACGGAGUCUGGCAAACCUAAGAUGCAGCUGGUCUCCUCGAAUGAAACCAUGAUUCUGUGCUCACCGUUGCUCAUCAUCGGCGAAGCGGAGAUUGUGGUAGAUCAUGCCGGACACGUUCAGAAGCUCGUCUCCAUGACCUAUAGCAGCGCUCCAGUCGACCCAUACUUUGCCUCUGGAAAGCGAUGGGAUCUGGUUGCGCAGGCCAAUCAAUUCCUUACCGACAGCGGAAGUACAUGGCACAAUGACUCCAAUCCUUCCGACUUUGUCAACUAUCUCAUCGCGGAAGGCAAGCAUGAUUCCAGCCUACUUGAUCCCAAGGUCACGACUAUCUGGCCCGAUUCGGCCGCACAAGCGUUGACAGACAUCUAUGAGAAGCUCUUCGCCAUUCUCAUUGGAUCAAACGCGGACUUACUCUUCGAGGACGUCGCAGACCAGACACCAAAGGUCGCAGGUUUUGCGAUCACGCCUGAGACUCGAAUCUUGUUUUCCACGCCCGCGUUCGUUGUCACAGAAGCCAUUCUCGGCUGCUACAUCCUCGUCACCAUCUUCUUCUACGUGCGACGCCCGUGGCGAGUGCUGCCACGUCUGCCUGGUACAGUUGCUUCGAACAUCGCGUACGUUGCUGCCAGUCGGGCUGUGAGCGACUAUCGCUCAAGCGACCAACGAGGGUCGCAAGAUGACACGAGAUUCGUGCGGUCUUUGUGGAGAUGGGGAUACGGCAGGUACAUCGGAUCGGAUGGGCUGGACCAUAUUGGUAUCGAAAGGGAGCCGCUAGUCACAACGAUGGGAAAAGAGAGUUGGAAAUAG